CUGUGCGGGGGCGGAGCUGCCCUGCUGGGCGGGCGCCACUCCUCUCUCCGCCCGGCCCAGCCCGAUUGCGCCGGGGCGGGGAGCCGGCUUGAAUCACCGGCAUGUGCCCGACGCCCGGGCUCCGGGGGCGCAUUUAAAUGCAGGCCGAGGCCGGAGCAGCGCCCGCUUCAAGACACCAUCGCGGGCACCGAGCAGAGCUUGCCGCCUCCGCCACCAGCCUCUUGCUCAGCGGCGGGACACCAUGAGAUCCAUCCCCGCUCCCGGGAUCCGCUUCCUCCGCUCCUUCCCCAGGGACAGCUGGUAUCGAGGAUUAAUUCUUCUACUGACAUUCCUGUGCUACACCAGCUACCAUCUCUCACGGAAACCUAUUAGCAUUGUAAAGAGUGAACUACAUUAUAAUUGCUCUUCCCGAGGAGUCAACCCACGCAAUGAUUCAAACAGUACCACGUGGUGUGACUGGAAGCCGUUUGAUCAGGAAAACUACAAGGAGCUGUUUGGAGCCCUGGAUAAUGCUUUUCUUGUUGCCUAUGCUAUAGGAAUGUAUAUCAGCGGGAUGUUCGGCGAGCGUCUUCCAUUGCGUUACUAUCUCUCUGGAGGGAUGGUGCUGAGUGGAUUAUUCACUGCCUUAUUUGGACUGGGAUACUACUGGCAAAUCCAUCACCUUUGGUACUUUCUGAUUAUACAGGUCUGCAACGGUCUGGUCCAAACAACCGGCUGGCCCUCCGUAGUGACGUGCGUCGGCAACUGGUUUGGAAAGGGGAAACGGGGCCUCAUUAUGGGCAUCUGGAAUUCACACACAUCUGUAGGAAACAUCCUGGGAUCCUUGAUCGCGGGCAUUUGGGUUUCACAGGCGUGGGGUUUGUCGUUCAUUGUUCCUGGGAUCAUCAUUGCCUUCGUGGGAGUCCUCUGCUUCUUGUUCCUCGUUGAAUAUCCAGAAGACGUUGAGUGCAGCCCUCCCCUUCACCACUCCAGUUCGGAGGAGAAAGGUCUUGAGGCAGACAGUUCCAUUGGCGACGGGAGCCUGAACGUGUCCAACCACAGCAGAGAAAACAUCAUUGAUGCAGUAGAAAGUACAAAAGCAACAGCGGAGGAGCGGGAAGCCAUCAGUUUCCUUGACGCCCUCAGGAUACCCGGCGUGGUGGAGUUCUCAUUUUGCCUGCUCUUUGCAAAACUGGUCAGCUACACUUUCCUCUACUGGCUGCCGCUUUACAUCGUCAAUGUCGCUCAUUUAAGUGCAAAGGAGGCUGGAGACAUGUCCACACUCUUCGAUGUGGGUGGCAUCAUUGGUGGCAUCCUUGCGGGUCUUGUCUCUGACUACACUGGUGGCAGGGCCACCACGUGCUGCGUGAUGCUCAUUCUGGCUGCACCCAUGUUAUUUCUGUACAACUACAUCGGCCAAAAUGGAUUCGCCACAUCAGUAGUGAUGUUAAUUAUCUGCGGAGGCCUGGUCAACGGACCUUAUGCUCUCAUUACAACAGCAGUGUCAGCUGACUUGGGCACUCAUGAGUCUCUCCAAGGAAAUGCAAAGGCUCUCUCUACCGUUACAGCUAUCAUCGAUGGGACCGGAUCCGUAGGUGCAGCUCUUGGACCUCUGCUAGCAGGGCUAAUCUCUGCCUCAGGCUGGGACAAUGUCUUCUACAUGUUGAUAUCGGCUGAUGUACUGGCUUGUCUGCUCCUUUCGCGCGUGGUGUACAAGGAAAUACGAGGAUGGUGCGGCUGCUACACAAGAAAGAGAGGCUUUAAGGAAUUUUGACGCCACUCCUGAAGCCAGAGGAGCCUGAAGACACAACAGGGGCGAGCUUUGCAGGGACAGUCAGCUUUGUUGCCCCUCAUAAAUCCAUGGUGGGAGAAAUGAACAAAGCUGAAACGAAGGGGAUGCCAGGAACAAACCGGAUCCUCUUGGACAUACCAGCCAAGCCCGUCACCAGCUGCACUUGUUUUAACUGAUGAAAGGGAACAUUACUGAGGAUCUACAAUCAAAGGCAAAAAGGAACUGAUGUUUUGGGGAUCCCAGCAUCUCAAGGCUUUUGUUUUGUAGGUUGCACUUCUUUUUGUUAUUUUUAUAUUAUUAUUAAAGUUGGUUCAAAGCCA